AAUAACUCUCAAACGGUUGCCCGAAACUUCACUAUUGAUACUUCACGGGCUAAGAGUAAUAAGCAAGUAGUUUCAAUAUGUGCUUCAAAGUUAGGUAUGCAUGAGUAUUCAGAAGGACGAAAUGACGGUUCUUGUGAUAUUUAUUGGUUUAAUAUAAUCUAUCAUGAUAUGCGGACAAUUAUCAAGGAUCCAAAUGCUAAAAUCAAUAAAUUCCCAGGUAUGUCAGACUUGACCAAGAAAAUCUCUCUCACUCGAGCGAUUUCCUCUAUGCGACGUUUGUUCCCAGACGAAUACCAGUAUUACCCAUCAAGUUGGUUCAUUCCUGCACAACUUGACACAUUUGUGCAAUACUGCAAAAGCCGGAAAACAUUUCACGUGGAUAAUUGGUAUAUUGUCAAGCCCAAUGACGGAGCCAGAGGAAGUGGGAUCUACCUAAUCCAACAACCAGAACAAAUACGAGAACCGAAUAUGUGUCAACUUAUACAAGAAUACAUAGUUAAUCCUUACUUACUGAAAGACAACUUAAAAUUUGAUCUACGUGUGUAUGCCGUCAUAAAGAGUAUUAACCCAUUAUCAAUUUAUGUGGCUCGUGAAGGGAUGGCUCGUUUUUGCACAGAAAAGUAUGCAGCACCGACAACGCUGAACAUUGAUAACUAUUAUGCUCAUUUAACGAAUUAUUCGUUGAAUAAAGCAAAUAACGCUUAUAUUCAUAGCGUAUCUAUGCUUUUAGGCAGUAAACGAUUACUUUCCACAGUUUUAUAUCAAAUGGCAAUUCGCGGAGUGAAAACAAAGCAACUUUGGCAUAAGAUUAAAAUUAUCAUAGUUAAGACAGUGAUAGCAAUGUUGCCCGAGAUUAUUCUGAAUUAUGAGCAUUACUUCUAUGACAGAAUGGGUCCACAAUGCUUUCAGAUUAUGGGUUUUGAUAUAUUGAUAACGGAAAAUUUGGAGCCAGUAUUGCUCGAAGUUAAUUCAUCUCCUAGUUUAACAAUUGAACAUUGCUUAUCAAACCAAUGUGAUGGAAAUAUGGAAACCUUUGAACCGUUAAAAGUGCGUUCUAUUGUUGAUGAGAUAAUCAAGAUACCACUCGUCAGAGAUACAAUUUUGCUAGUACUCGAUUUGCUUGAUGAUAUCUUUCCUUACCGUUAUGGUCAAAGCAAUGGGCAUUUAUUGUUUCUGGAUAAAGCUGUUUAUUUAUUCAUGCAAUUUGAAAACUUGACAAUUCACUUUUAUCGGUUAUUUAGGAAAUGUGGUUUGUUAAAUGACAUUACAAUGGAAAAAAUGGAGCUGAAAUACAUGGAAAUUUAUAAAUAUUUUACGACAGAACAGUACGUACCAUACGUUUCUGGCUUAUCAUUUCACGGGUUUCUGUAUCUUCUCUAUCAUAUUGCUCAACUGAAAUUUCCAUUUUAUAACCAUCUACUAGAACAAAUGCAACAACUUCUAGCAUACUGCGAUGCAUCUCUCAGAAAUUACGGUGUCCGAUCUGCUCAUUUGAGGCAUGCUCAAAUCUACCGUAAAAAAAGCAGGAAUGCCGAGAUUUAUCUGCUUCCAUCACGAAUACAUGAAAAACGGUCGAAUCGAAAAGAAACAAGCCCGAAAGCAUCUGAAUCAUUAAAAGUACAACCGCGACACGCACGUUCACUUCCACGGACACUGAAAAGCACAGUUUCAAGGACAAGCCCCACAGACUACCGUGUCAGCUAUCAUGAUCAUAACAAGAAAAAUGAUUUCGUAUUACCAAGGAUACAGCAACCCUUUCGUUUAUAG